AUGCCCAGGUGCCCCACAUCUCGGGAGGGCAUGUUUGGGGCCACCAAAAAGGGAGAAAAAGGGACCAAGUGUCUCAGCAGCGCGGAGGUGCAGGCUGUCGCCGAGGGCCGCGCUCCGCCCCGGGGCCCCCGCCCCUGCCCCGCGGCCUCGCAGUUCAUCCUGCUGGUGAUGCGCCCCUGUGGAGGGCAGGACGAGGCUGCAGCCCAGGGCGUCCUGCGGCAGGCUCCGGCCCUGGGGGGCAGCGCCCGGGCUGCCCGUUCGUUUGGAGGAUCUGGAGGAGGAGGGGACCUACUCUGGGGGAGAGGGCGGCAGCGGUGGAGCCCGGAGACGGGGCAGCGGCGGGGCAGCGCGAGCAAGACCUGCACCUGCGAGGGCUGCAGCCAGACCCCGAGCCGGGCGGCCAGACAGCGCAAGCCGUGGAUGUGCAAGAAGCACCGCGACAAGAUGUACAAGGAUAAGUACAAGAAGGAGAAAAGCGACCAGGCCCUGAACUGCGGUGGGGCCUCCCAGCCUGGCAGCGCGGGAAACGUCAGACCUGAGGAAAGUGCAGAGUGAAGCAUCUUUCAACCUAAUAUCAGAAAAAUGUGACACUCUAUCCAUUCUUCGGGAUCAUCCUGAAAACAGGAUUUACCAGAGGAAAAUCCAGG